GUUUCACCAUAUUCUACAACAUCCUCAGAAUAUAAAUCAAUGACCAAUAAAUUAAUUGAUUGGCUUGCAACAGAUUUGCUGCCAUUUACAAUUGUGGAAAGUCCUCAUUUCAAUAAAUUCAUAAAUUUAUUAAAUGGUCAUUAUAAACCACCAUCUU